AUGUCAUCGAAUCGCAAAAGACGCACCAACGAAGCACCCGAGACCGAGGUAACCCCAAGCGCUCGUCGCAGAAGACAAACCGAAGAACCCGCCUCAUCGCCCGCAGCAUCCAGCGACGAUGACGAACCGAGCGCACCGACCAGCACCGACGCAAUGGUCAAGAAGUUGGUGCGGCUCGCCCUAGCCAGCGAGUAUUCGCGGCUCCCGAUCCGGCGCAACGAUAUCAGCGCCAAGGUGCUGGGCGAGCACGGCUCGCGACAAUUCAAGCUAGUUUUCGACCAGGCGCAGCGGGAAAUGAGACAGCGCUUUGGUAUGGAGAUGAGCGAGUUACCGGCGCGAGAGAAGGUCACCAUCAGCCAGCGACGGGCCGCGCAGAAAAUUGAAAAGCCUUCUUCGGGUAACAAGUCCUGGAUCGUUACUAGCACACUGCCGCUCGCAUAUCGUUCCCCCGAUAUCCUCAUCCCGACCAAGGCACCCUCCCUCUACACCGAAAGCACAUACACCGGCCUGUACAGUUUCAUUAUUGCGGUGAUUCUGCUGAACGGCGGUUCGCUGGCUGAGCAGAAACUUGACCGGUACCUGACGCGCACAAACGCCGAGAUUGCUACGCCGGUCGACCGCACGGAUAAACUACUGCAGCGGCUAUGCAAGGAGGGAUACAUUAUCAAGACGCGGGAGAUGGAUGGCGGCGAGGAGGUGAUUGAGUAUAUUCUUGGUCCUCGGGGUAAAGUUGAGGUUGGGACUAGUGGUGUGGCGGGUCUUGUGCGAACUGUGUAUGGGAAAAACAGGGGUCCCCACGAGAACUUGACUGAAUUCCAGAGGGAGGACCUGGAAGACUUUGAGGGGAAGCUCGGGAGGAGUCUUGGGAUUGAGCCGGCGACCAUACAAGCUAAUGGGGCGGAUGAUGCGAGCGAUGUGAACGGGGACGGGGAGGAACGUGAGACGCCGCGAAGCUCUGGGCCUAGACGGUCUUCGAGGCGUGCUCCUGCUCAGGAAGAGGAGGAUUCUGAUGAGGAAGAGUAUGAGGAAGAGUGA